GGACCGGAACUAUAGUGGUCAGGUGAGAGGGGAGGAGGGGCACUCACAAGGCCACUGCCUCUCACCUCUCUACAAAAGCAGUAUCAGACGGUGUUGGGAUUAGUUAGUUCUGGUGCAGCUGUGAGAGAGAUGAGGGUAGCGUGUUUGCUGGUUGUGGUGGCUAGUGUUGUUGUGGCGGAUGACGACCAGGAUGCAUCGAACAGCACCGUCGUGGACACUCAGGGCGCAGGCGCCCCCCAGGGACGGUCAGGCGGGGUUGGACAACAAGACACCAGAUUUUUGGACCUAGGCUCCCUCGUAGGAGGAGUUCUAUCAGGCGGCCGAAAUUCUAACUUUGGUGGAAAUGGCUUCGGCGGAAGUCAAUUCGGUGAUGGUUUCGGCGGCCGUCCGUUUGGGGGUGGAUUCGGCAGCAGACCAAUUGGAGGUUUCGGUGGGCGUCCAUUUGUGAGUGGCUUUGGCGGGCGUCCAAAUGGGGGCGGAUUCGGUGGACGUCCCUUUAGACCUGGCUUUGGUGGACAACCCGGCGGUUUUGGUGGACAACCCGGCGGUUUUGGUGGACAGCCUGGCGGCUUUGGUGGACAACCUGGUGGCUUUGGUGGACAACCCGGAGGCUUUGGUGGUCAGCCUGGCGGUUUUGGUGGACAACCUGGCGGCUUUGGUGGACAAUCCGGCGGCUUUGGUGGGCAACCUGGCGGCUUCGGUGGACAGCCUGGUGGGUUUGGAGGACAACUCGGAGGCUUUGGCGGACGGCCAGGAGGCUUCGGUGGUGCUGGUUUCAACCAGUUUGGUGGCGGCUUCAACAACCAAUUUGGGGGUGGUUUGAAUAGUCAGUUCGGUACUGACUUGAAUAGCAAUAAUGUUGGCAUCGGAGGCCAGGUCGGAAGUAAGCCUGGCCAGUGCCCGCCUGUACGUCAAGGGUGUCCCCCCACCAGGAGCUUCCAGGCCCCACUGCCUUGUGAAAGCGACAGUGCUUGCAGCGGCCUCGAUAAGUGCUGCUUCGACAUCUGCCUGCAGCUGGAGGUGUGCAAACCCUCACAAGCCAACACCGGAUUUGGCAGGUGAAAUUUUUCAAUUAUUAAUAUUAUUAUUACAGUAUUAUUAUUAUUAUUAAUUAUUAUUUUCUACUCGACAACGUGUAAUAAAAUUUAAAAAUA